AUGUUGGGGUUUCGUUUUGUUUGGGAAUUGUACGUAAAUAGAGGAGCGGAGCCAAGUCCAUCUCAACCGUCUCGUCCAUCUCCAAGUUCAUCCCUUACCAAAGCCCUUCAUCCUCGCUGUGUACCAUCAACCAAAGCCACUCACGUCAGAACGUCGCUGCAUCUACACCAUUCAAUACGAUGUCUAACAGCCGGUCUUCAUCUAAAUCAACUUGCAGUUGCGGAAGCAAACACUGCAACAGGUACGCUCAAGAGAAGAAACGCGACAGCAAGCAGAAGCAAAAGGCAAAAGUGUAUUACGUGUGCGGGUGCAAAGGAGGAAAAUGCAGUUGCUACUAUCGCAAGGAAGGUGAGAAGACAUGGAGGCCUGUGACGGUCAAGCGUCGUAGCGAAAAUGAAUCGAAGUCGUCAACUGCGAAACACAAGGAGCACGGGAGUAAGCACGAGAGUAAGCACGGGUGUAAGCAUGGGAGAGAUCAUUACAGCUGUGAGUGCCACGGAAGCCGGUGCCGAUGCAGCGGAGUGAAGGAUAGGAAGAAGCCGGAGGGGCGGAAGGCGGUAACAGUGAAGGAGCAGGCGGCUUCGCACAAACAUUCGCACAGUGGGGCGGGGCGCAGCGACUAUGGUUGGCCACAAGCUUCUCAGGUACCUUUGCCCAGUGGAAUGGGACAAGGGUACUAUGGUUGGCAGCCGGCUUCACAGAUACCUUUGCAUAGCGGAAUGGGAUACGGCUACUAUGGUUGGCAGCCGGCUGCCCAUGGGCCUUUGCACGGUGGGGUGAGGCACGGCUUCUAUGGUUGGUAGAAUGUAUGUGCGUGCGACGGGCAUCAAUGCUAUUGGUGAAGGCUGCAGAGAGUAAGAAGUUGUUCUACUCUGGUUUGUGCAAGAUGCACAUCUUUUGAUACAGCUCCAUAGUGUGGUGAUGCCUUUCAGAAAGGGGGAGGACAUUUGGCAUUCUGCGACCUUCUCCGAAAUGCUCAAGAACGCAGCACGGGGGUCUUUAAUCACAGCGGCUUCCCGCACGCGCGUUCCUUUUCGAUAUUCUUAUUUGUGAGACUCGUGUCUUGCUUCCUAUUAAUGCUGUGCUACUACAAACGUUUGACGAGAUAUGUUACUAGUUUGAAAAUUUUCAAAUUAAAGAUUUGUAAGAUCUUCAUGAUUCGAUUUAGUG